GCUGGCUAACGUUUAACCCAUUUUACCUGUCAAGUGCUGAAACUGUGUCUGAAGUUACGCCGUUAUCAGACAACUCUAACGUCUCUUUCAUGAAGUGUUAACUGACAUACUGUUGUGAGAGGGAGCUGUGUUAGCUUAGCAGGAAUCAAAGCUAACGUUGGUUAUUUAGCGUUAUCCUUUCAGUUAACAGCUAACAGGAGCGACAGCAGCACCACCAGCAGACAAGCAUGAACUGCCCCCCCACCAAACGCCUGCGUGGCCUGAACCAGGAUGUAGCGAUGGCAGUGACCUUUGAUGACCCAUUUGGAGAUGAUGAGGACUUCACCCAGGACGACUUGGAUGAGAUUGACAUCAUUGCCUCGCAGGCCAUCACCUCAGCGGCUGCAUCUGGGCUUGGGUCUAAACCAGGAACCAAACCGAUGGAGCUGGGCCGUGGGUCCGCCUGGCCACAGUCUGCAGGGCAGAGUAAACCUGUGAGCAGAGCCACAACCACUCAGAGCAGAGAGAACACAUUUGGGUUCAACAGCAGUAACAGAGGGUUCGCUGAGGUAUCAAGCAGAGAACCUCUCGUUAACAGGCAGCAACAGUUUGGGUCAGACAGAGAAGAAUCCUACCAUCUGCUUGAAGCUCAGCAUGCAGAGCUAAAGAGGAAGCUAAAAGAGGUGGAGGAGGAGAUUGUGUUGAAGAGCGGGGAGAUCCGGGUCCUGAGGGACUCUCUGAUAGGAGCUCAGCAGGAGAAGGAGGCCCAGAGGCAGAACCAGAUUCUGCUGGAGACUCAGAGACAGAGAGAGCAGAGCGACAGAGAGAAGGAGCUGAACAGGAAGGUUCAGUCUUUGCAGUCUGAGCUGCAGUUUAAAGAGGCAGAGAUCAUUGAGAUAAAGACCAAACUGCACAGUUCAGACAAAAACAAGACGGCUUCUCCACUGACUAGGAACAGUCCGAAAUUGUUGAACUGUCACGCCCAGUUGCAUCAUGGGAGCGGCAGCAGCUCCUCCUCUCCAUCAGGAAAUGGGUUCAUCACUAAGGAGACAUUUGGAGCUCACCUCCCAAGCAGAACGACACCAGUGAAGACGCCGCUGAAGACACGAAGAGACGGUGGGGACAGAGGGGCCUCCAGCAGCAGGUCUGGUGACAAACAGGAAGUCCAUCGUCCAGACCCCUUCCUAUCCGUCAGACCUGCACACCUCCAGCACAGAGGUGGCGUUCUGCUGGGGUUGUUGUUGCAGCACCCUCUGUCUCCCAGCAGCCUCGGCCUCUCUCACCUGCUGUCUAUGAGUCUGACUGACAUCCACCUGACAUCCAGCGGGAUGUCAGCAGGUUUUCUGCUUCACUCUGAUGCUGCACCUACUGUCGAUGGAGGUGGAAAUCCCAGAGUAGACCUGAGUCCAGUCCAGAGUCUGGCUGUAACUGGACUCAACAUGCUGAGUCAGAGCCGACCAGAAGCUGCAGCCAGCAGCAUAAGCAAAAGGUCAUGUCCCGGCGCUGUCCUCCUCCUCCCUCUGUUGGAGCUUCACCUGUCUCGGUUCUGUCAGGCUCUGGAUUCGCUCCGCUCAACCUCUUCUGGUGGUACAAACUCUGGUUCUGCCAGCUCGCUCCCAGCGGGCCGUGCUGCUGCAGCUGCUGGUCUAGUGAGACCGGAGGAGACUGGUUUGACUGCUUUCAGUGUGGAGGACACUGGUUUGGCUGCUCUGAGGCUCCUCUACCUGGUGUUGGCCCACAGUGACGAGGUGGUGGAGGCUGUGUUGUCAAAGGAGAGUCGAAGCGGAGUUUCAGACAAGAAGGCUGAGCACUCUGCAGCAGGUGUGGGUCUGUACUCCCAGAAUGCCUUGCUGCAGUCAGUGCUGCGGCUGUGUGAAGCGGGUCUGGGCAGCACUGGCGGGUCCCAGAGGGAGGAGCUUGUCCUUCAUGCCAUGAAGACUCUGUGUGUCCUUAUUGAGAAGACGCCAGACACACACAUCAACAGGUUGCAGUGUGUGUUGCAGGUGCUGUGUGUGUGUCUGUCAGCAGACAGCAGGUUGCAGACAGUUUCAGAGUGUGUGUCUGUCCUCACGUCCAUGUCCGACCACCAGACACUGGUUCAGCAGCUCUGCUCUCAACAUGACCCGUGUGUUUUGCUGAAGUUGUUCCAGUUCAUCAGAACCAGACCCGACAACGAGGCAACACACAUAGACUGGAUUCUGCUCGACCUGCAGGUGAUUCGUUUGCUGAGCAGACUGAUGACUCAGAGAGCAGAGAGCUGGACUACCAAUCAGCAUAGCACCUGUCAGUGUUACACUGAGUUGGUUCAGACAGUGGUGAUUGUUUUCCAUCGUCAGUGGUUGGAUCUUCGUAGUACCCAGGAGCCAAGGGACUCAACAGUCCUGGCCCCACCUCCGCAGCAGUGCUCCGCCCCCUCACUGCCAUGGUGGCGUGGCCCGUCGGCAUCUCUGCUCAGAGAGUGUCUGCUGCUGCUGCACUGGCUGCUGCUGCAUCAUGGCAGCUUCUCAGAAAGCUGCAGGCCGCUGCUGCACAUGUAUGACCAGGUGAUCCCUGCUGUACGAGAAACCCUGAGGAAGAUCCCCAAGCUGAGCGAGAGCGAGGAGCUGGCGUUGGAAGAGGUCUGCCGCUCUGAGGGCGACGACACGGAUGACAUGGACACUGAUGCUGGCUCCUGAUUGGCUGAGCAGACACAUUACACAGACAGUUUACUGACUGUUGAUUGAAACUGAGACGAGGACAGAACAGAGACUCAGUUUUCUGUAAAACUUUUCUGUGAUGAAGUGGAUGUUGGAAGGAAACGAAUGAUUAGACUGAAGUGAUGGAUAGUCGCAGAAUUUGUUCUGCUGUCUGAUUCAAUUUAGCAAUAAAACAUGAAGGUUCCGUAAA